AUGGAAGGCGAUGAAGAUACCGUCAUGUCGGACCCGCGCAAGGACUCCGCUUUUCCUCAACAUGCUUCCUUGACACAAACAACCGUUUCAAUUAAUCCUCACCGAAGAGAAGAUCCAGCUCUUGCUCCGGCGAUGAUGCCUCAAGCGAGUACUAUGUCUCCCUCUUUAGGGCCGGACCCCGCUUCUUUGCGAGACCAGCCCGCUUCAACAAGCAUCACGUCCCCAGACCAGUUCAUUAAGACAAGCCCCUCAGAGAGUAACUCUGCAGAGAACUCCCUUUCCCGGAGUGAUAGCAUGAUUGAGCCUAACUCGGAGUGGUCAGACGACGAGAUGGCCACCAGUGUCAAUACUGCUGCUGGCCUUCCCCUGGCGGCCCUACCAAGCGGUCUUUGUUACGAUUCCGAGAUGCGUUUCCAUUGUGAAAUUCGCCCCACUGCUGAUCUUCAUCCAGAAGACCCACGGCGUAUAUUCUACAUUUACAGAGCGCUUUGCAAGGCUGGCUUGGUUGAUGAUCCGGCUUCGGCUCGACCACUCGCUCCUCAGACCAUGAAGCGAAUUCUGGCCCGCCGUGCUACCUAUCAAGAAAUCUCUAGUGUUCACACUGAAGCGCAUUAUGACUUUGUCAAGAGCACCACAGAAAUGUCUGAUACCGACCUCCUGCUCUUGGAGUCCCAACGAGACUCGAUUUACUUCAACCGGCUAACCUUCCAAGCAUCACUCUUAUCGGCGGGUGGUGCCAUUGAGACUUGCCUGGCGGUCGCUAGAGGUGAUGUCAAAAAUGCGAUCGCAGUUGUUCGUCCGCCUGGCCACCAUGCAGAACAUGAUAAGGCUAUGGGAUUCUGCUUAUUUAAUAACGUCUCGGUUGCGGCGCGUGUCUGUCAAAACACGUUAGGAGAAAGUUGUCGUAAGAUUAUGAUCCUUGACUGGGAUGUUCAUCAUGGCAAUGGAAUUCAAAAAGCAUUCUAUGAUGACCCUAAUGUUCUCUACAUUUCAAUCCAUGUUCAUCAGGAUGGCAUGUUCUACCCCGGCGGUCCCAACGGCGAUAUGGACAUGUGUGGAGAGGGACCUGGCGUUGGGAAGAACGUCAAUAUUCCCUGGGAAACGCAGGGGAUGACUGAUGGAGAUUACUUGUAUGCUUUCCAGGAAAUUGUGAUGCCAAUCGCCCAAGAAUUCAACCCCGAUCUAGUCAUCGUUGCGGCCGGAUUCGACGCCGCCGCAGGAGAUGUACUGGGUGGCUGCUUUGUGACUCCCCCUUGCUAUUCACAAAUGACGCACAUGCUCAUGGCCCUUGCUGGAGGCAAAGUCGCAGUGUGUCUAGAGGGCGGGUACAACUUUGAAUCCAUCGCGAAUUCGGCACUAUCAGUCACCAAGACCCUCAUGGGUAAUCCUCCGGACCGUCUGACCAAAACCACACCUGGCAACGAAGCAAUGGUCACCGUUAGCCACGUCAAGCGAAUCCAAUCCCACUACUGGCGUUGUAUGGCCCCCAGGCCGAUUCAACAGAACCAAAAGAAUGUUUUCAACACUCGACUUCAUGAUUCUAUUCGAGAGCUCCAAGCGAAGCAGCUUUAUGAGAGCUGCAAGCUUACACAACUCUACAUUUACCGAACAGCCAUUUCGAAGUCGUUUGAACAUCAGGUGUUGGCAAGUCCCAACUACAACCAAGGUGUUCCUCUUUUGAUUAUUUUUCAUGACCCCCCUGAACUUCUGGGAGUCGCUCAUCCCUUAACGAACAAACUUGAGGCGCAUAAUUGCUGGGUGGCCUCUGACAUUCAGAAAGAUUAUGUCGCAUUAGCCGCGGAGAAAGGCUGGGGCGUGAUCGAUGUCAAUGUACCGAUGCACAUCAGCCGAGAUCAGAGCACUGGCAAAUUCGAAGAUGAGGAUGUAAACCGACCUCACGCGACAGAGGAGCUGGCGGCAUAUCUGUGGGAUAACUACAUCGACCCAAGUAAUGCUACUGACGUUUUCUUCAUGGGAGUUGGUACUGCUUUUUACGGCGUUACGUCACUGCUCAUCAACCGAGGCAUGUUGGAUCUAGAUUAUGCAUUGACUAAAUUGCUAAUCCUAGCAGAUAAUCUGUACCAGAACGUGAAUGGCGUUAUCUCGUUCGUCUCGGAUCAUCCUGUCCGUGCGGUUGCAUCGGCUACGCAGACAUGGAUGUCCAAAUGGUACCGCGAAAAUUCGCUGGUCUUCGUUUCCCACCAACACGGAGUAUGGGAGCACAAACCAUCCAAGCGCUAUGGCAAUCUCAGGAAGUCUCCGCAGGGCACCCUCUCUGAGAUGCUCAGCGAACACAAAGAGGAAGCCUUCGAUUGGAUCACCGAUCAUAUAAAGGUUCUGUCGGAAUCUGAGGACGACGACGCUCCAAUGAACGAAUAA